UUCAGUUCAAUGAAGCAUUUCUUAGAAGUCGUGCUGAGUGACUGUGCUGCACAUCUGCCUGUCUGCACGGGGCAGGCCACUUCAACUUCCUCUUCUGAGGGAGCACCAAGAGAGCUACAUGCUCACCAGAACUUCAUCAAGAAAAGAGAUGAAAGAAAGGUGGCUCUUCUCUCUCUUUUGUUUGCUCUCAGUGCCCUGUGUCACAGGCCAGCCUGCAGAUGUCAUUACCCAGAGGGAAGUGGUCCAUGCUCUGCCAGGUGCUGAUGUGACCCUGCUGUGCGUGUUCCCAAAACCACCCACCACCCACAUCAUACAGACACAAUGGUCCAAGACUGAUGGCAGCCCAUCUACCAAAAUAGCUGUAUUUCACCCCACCUAUGGCACCCAUUACUUCACGUUUUCUGAGGCUCCUUACAACUUCUCUGUGUCCUUCAGCACAAGGAGGUGCUGCGGUGGGGAUGACACAGUGUCCCUCUGUUCCACCAAUCCAAAUGCCACCUCUGAAUGCAAUUGGUGGGCUCUGCAUCUGGAAAAUGUUACUGUGUCCCUUAGUGGGCAGUACGAAUGCACUUUUGCUACUUACCCAUAUGGGACAAAGGCUGCGAAAAUUCAACUUACUGUCAAGGCAGAAGCUUACCCUGAGAUCUUCAUUAGCCUGCAGGAGGGCUCAGCCAGCACUUCACAGAAGCCCAAUGUGAGCUGUGUCGUGAGGAAGGCGUUUCACAAGCCAAGCCUCCUGUGGUACAUGGACAGAGCAAGCCUGAUGGAGAAGCCUGGAGAAAUUUCUGUGGUACAAGAAGACUUGCAAGACAGUGAAGGUUUCUAUGAGUUGAGAUCAACACUGAUGCUACAAGGGACCCACGAGACACAUAAGACAUUCUCAUGUGUGUGUCUGUUUCCCUUCCUGGGAAAUGAAACAAGGAAUAUUUCAUCAGAAGAAAUAUUUGUUUCCUUUGGCAAUAAGUCUGAUGAAGCCUCAGCUGAAGUUUUUACUACCACAGUUUCAGAUGGCUUCAACAAUUCAACACUUACAUCAGCUAUCAUGGCAGCCUCAGCGCACCAGUUGACAUCUGUGGCCUCUCUGGAUUUCACAAGUCAAGCAAAUUUGGCUCCUGCUUCCACAACACAAGGUGAUGGGAGGAACACCAAAGCCAGUCGCUUCCCCUGGCCAACAGUGGUAGCUGCCCUGCUCCUCUUCUGCAGCGCUCUGGUAGCUUUAGGCAUCAGGAAAUGGUGUCAGUAUCAGAAAGAGAUUAUGAACAGACCUCCAUCUUUCAAGCCACCGCCACCUCCAAUAAAGUACACCUCCAUGGUAGAGUCUGAUGGGACUGCCCCAUCCUGCCAUGAACUGGAAAACCUGUAACAUCACCUGCACCCCUUGUGUAGCACACAGAAGACUGACACAGUUAAAAGGCUCUGCCUUUAGAACAGUGGUUACAGGAGCUUAGUGUUAAUGACUCAUAUUAAAAUUCAGAGCUCCUAUAUGACAUUAAUUUUGGAAGCUGAGCACUCCUUAGGACACUCCUUUCAUCCUAUAUAUCUCUAUGCAUGCACUAUGUUAAAAGCAUCGUGUCACUGUGAGAUUACAUGUGCUUGAUUUGAAUUGGGAGAUCAACUGGGAAUUUGCUGUCUCGUCCAUGGUAGCAGAUUAACACAUCACUCUGCCAGCCUGACUGAAGAGUGUUGAAGCUUGUCUAGCUAUUAAAUGUAUAGAGAUGACAGCUCUGCUGUAUGGACACCACAGUUACACAGAAAACAUUGGCUGAACACAAGAUUUUAAGACCUACAUCAGCUGUUCUUGCAAUUAUUUAUUUUUACUGUGGACUAAUAUAACCCAAUGUAUAAUUUUCUAUCACUGUGAAACCAAAAGAAAGAAUCAGCACCAUACAGAGAAAGAAAAUAACUGGCAUCUCUUGUCACAGGAUUGCUGGUGGAUGAUGAAUAACUGGAUCAUGAAGGGUGGUUGGUGAAAUGAAAGAUCAUGGUGCAGGACUGGUGCAAGUGUAUGCAAAGAAGUCCCAGCUGUCAUUGGUGAAGUCACAAGAAAGUCAAUUUGGGGCCAGAGAUUUAAGGACUGAAGCAAGCCUAAAGAUAAUGGAAAAUUCUAGUCCUUUUGGGAGUGCUUUGCCUUUGAAGUAAUACUUACUUUUCAGGAGUUAUAUUUACAGUAUACAUAAAAAAAAAAAAUAAAAGAAAAAAGAAAAAAAAAAGUAAUAAUUUUCUUUUUCUUUGGUCUUAAUGAGCUUCCAUCAUUUGCUAUCUUUACAUUUUCCAAGACCUCAGGGUUUCCCAGGUGGCUUAAGCCUCUGAAAGAGAUGAUCCAGUCUUCCCCUGUCCUGCCCAAGCUACAGAUUUCCUCAUAUUGACACUAAUGAAUAAAUGAUGGAGCAGAGGGUGGGCUCGACCCUCUGCACAGUUGUCAGCCAGGUCAGCAGCUGUGUGAUCACCAAUGCAAGGCACCAGAGCUGCAGGAGGAGCACUGCUUUUGGCAGCAAUCACAGUACCUUCAGGCAGCCAAGAAACCAUCCCUCUAAGCUCGUUUGGAAAUGUAUUGUUACCACAGUGGUAUCUCUGUAAUUAAUGCAAAUCAGCUAAAAUUCAAUCAUGCCAGGCUUAAAAUUGAUAUUCUGAUUUAGGAAUGGGAUUUGCUUUAUUUACUGCUAAACACUGGUCGAUGAGUGUCAGGGUUCAGAGCACUGUAUUCCCAGGACUUUAGAUUAAAUGAAUGGCUUACUGGAAAGAAUGAUCUAACAGACCCUUUUAGAGUAUUUCAUUGUAUUAUUUACGUUAUCGUACAAGCAGUUCUAAAUCCAUCAU